AUGCUGUCAUCCCUCUCGCCUUACUUGUCGAACCCUCGGCAGUCACUGUCGCAAGUCCUCAACUUCGCCCUCGUCUUAUCGACGGCUUUCAUGCUAUGGAAGUCACUGUCAGUCAUCGCAGACUCACCUUCUCCGAUCGUCGUGGUUCUGAGUGGUUCCAUGGAGCCUGCGUUUCAACGGGGUGAUCUACUGUUUCUCUGGAAUCGGGACAAGACUGCAGAAGUGGGAGAAAUCGUGGUCUAUAAUGUGAAGGGGAAGGACAUCCCCAUCGUGCACCGUGUUGUGCGAAGCCAUGCGCCUACAGUCCCUGUCGAGGCUGACAUAAGUGGAAACCUCGCCCAGUCCUCCCCGAAACUCCUUACAAAAGGUGACAAUAACAUCGCCGACGAUACCGAGCUCUAUGCCCGUGGACAGAGCUACUUGGACAGGAAUGAAGACAUCAUCGGCAGUGUACGCGGAUACGUGCCCGCAGUCGGAUACGUCACGAUCAUGCUUAGCGAGCAUCCGUGGUUGAAGACAGUCAUGCUUGGAAUCAUGGGUCUUAUGGUCAUCUUGCAAAGAGAAUGA